GUGAGAGAGAACGGCCAGGACAGGGGAAGAAGAAGAAGAAGAAGGAAAAGACGCCAUGCCGGCUCGGAAAAGAGCUAUUACAGCGACAAACCUGAAUCCAGAUCAUAUUAAGACGGUGAUUUCAUCUGAAGAUCCUCCAAUUGCGCCGUCUAAAGCUGGCAAAAUCUUGACCUGUUCGCUAAUAUUCUUCGUCCCUUACUUGUACUUGAUUUUCAUUCAUUACAAUAUCGGUGCGGAGUUCAAGAGAUCGAUUGUUAUCAAUGCGGUCCUUAGCUCCGGCGGCUUCGUUUUAACAUUGGUUAUGAUUCCGGUAGCAUCUAGAUACGUUUUAAGAAGGAAUUUGUUUGGUUAUGAUAUCAACAAGAAAGGCACGCCUCAAGGCUUAAUUAAAGUGCCUGAAUCAUUAGGAAUUGUUGUUGGAAUUGUUUUCUUAGUUGUGGCUAUCUUAUUUCAGUAUUUUAAUUUCACUGCCGAUUCAAAUUGGCUUGUUGAGUAUAAUGUGGCUCUAGCAUCCAUCUGCUUCAUGACAUUGCUUGGAUUUGUAGACGAUGUUUUAGAUGUUCCUUGGAGAGUGAAACUCUUGUUGCCAUCAAUUGCUGCUCUUCCUCUUUUGAUGGCUUAUGCUGGUCAUACAACUAUUCUCGUACCAAAGCCUCUUAUUCCCUAUGUUGGGUUUGAGAUUCUUGAUCUAGGGUGGAUAUACAAGUUAUAUAUGUGGCUGUUGGCAAUAUUUUGCACCAACUCUAUCAAUAUCCAUGCUGGCAUAAAUGGGCUUGAAGUUGGGCAAACAGUUGUUAUUGCAUCUGCUAUGUUGAUACACAAUGUUAUGCAAAUUGGAUUAUCUUCUGAUUCUGAAUACAAACAAGCACACGUAUUCUCUAUUUACCUUAUUCAGCCAUUACUCGCAACUUCAUUGGCUUUACUUUCUUUCAACUGGUAUCCUUCAUCAGUUUUUGUGGGUGAUACUUAUACCUACUUUGCUGGAAUGACCAUGGCUGUAGCUGGCAUUCUUGGUCACUUUAGUGAAACCCUUCUUAUAUUCUUCACUCCCCAAGUUUUGAACUUCCUCCUGUCAGUUCCCCAGCUGUCUGGUUUUAUUCCAUGUCCACGCCAUCGACUGCCAAAAUUUGACCCUCAGACAGGAUUACUGACUGGGACAAAAGACGGGACAGUUGUCAACGUGUCCUUGAGAGUUUUGGGUCGAAAAUCAGAACAGUCGCUUUGUGUUGCAUUACUAGUUUUUCAGGCUAUUUGUUGUUUCUUGUGUUUUGUACUGAGGUGGUUCCUAACUGGAUGGUACAAGUAGUAAGCACCAAUUUUCGCUAACCCUACAACUAGAAGGUAAUAUACGUGAAAUUCGAAUGAUUGUAUUAUUAUUAUUAUUAUUGUCCUUUUUUCCUUUAAAUGAGCGAUUAUCAGGAUAGGUGUCAUCUGUAACUACUUGACAUUGUGGUAGAAGGAACAAUAUUAGAACUUCAUAUGAUAUUAGAUUUGUGUAGCAAUCAAAUAAACCAAUGAGAAUGAAUGCUUAA